UUAGUCCAUGAUGCUUUGCUUUCACUCCCUCCUUUCUUUCCAACCACAACUCACAGUGAAGAAAAAACUCCAUCGCAUCGAGCCUCAACUCAAGUGAAAAAGGGGGGAAACCCUGUCUAAUGAACAUGUCUCUGAAAUGCAGCAUGGUAUGCAGUAGACAGAUUUGUUUGUACAAGGACACUACAAGACACGCUAGAGGAUGAAGAGCCAACAGCACACCUCCAGAUACCUGCUGCUCCAUGUGUGGUGCGGGUUUCUCACAGUCGCAAUGGGGAUUAUGGUCGCAGUUCUCACAACAGUGCAAAUAAGCUCACCUGACAAGAGUAAUUUACCUGAAUCAAAGGAGGAAAACCAGCACCCUACAAACGGCAGUUUUCUGGCUCAAUUGAAUUCAUCAAAGCCUCCCUGUCUCUCAUAUAUCCAGCUGACCAUGGAAGGAACAUUAUCUUGGGAGAAUGACCAUAAUGUCCCCGUCUGUGGCUCUUGCUCCCUCGUCCUCCGCGACAACUCUGUCUACAUCAGAUCUGAAGGCUUCUACUACUUCUAUGUCCAGGUCACCUUCACUAGGCACACCGGAGGAGAGGGGAAGAGGAAGGUGACUCUGUUCAAAAAUGGCAUUCAAAAUAAGACCCAGCAAAGGAGACUGAGUGAAGUCGUGUAUCACGGAGAGAAAGGGGGCACUGUAUUCAUGUCCAGGAUGGUAAAGCUCCAACAUGGUAACAGUCUCAGCCUUGAGAUAACGUCAGAGAAUAAUAGUUUUAGGUAUGGGGGAGAGAAUACCUACUGGGGGGCAUAUCAGCUCCCCCCAUGUUAAGCCAACAGACAUUGUUAUUGAGACUUAGUUCAAGAUUGAACCAAAGAAGCUGUUAAAACAUUGUUUUUUAAAAAAGUGUGCGGUAGUUACUAAACUGAAUUUAUUUUGUGAAAACUGUAACUGUUAUGCAUAUGCAUUGUUUGUUUUGCUGAACAGAUUUGAUUAUAUAAUGAGGUAACAGAAUACAUCGUCAAACUAUG